AUGCUAUAUGCUGUUGGAUAUGCUUCAAAGAAUCAUGUUUGCUUUAUCCAUAAUUUACUGUCUUGCGAAGCAUUGUGUCCAGAUGAUAAAUGCAUACCGCCCACAAAUAACAGAAACUCAACAGAAUUACUUUAUUGCGAUCGAACGUUCCUUCAACCACCUUUAAAGAUCGGUGCAUGUUCGCACAAAAUUCUGAAAUCUAAAAGCAGCGGAAUUCACCGUUUAAGCAUGACUGAGCUUCAACAGCAGUUAACUCCCCGCCUAUUAUUCCGGAAGGCUUACCUGACUACCGAAACACUAAAUCGUCUCGAAGAGGAAGUACAGUCGUCUCUGAGCUUCAAAGAUAAAAAAGAGACCUUGACAAAGAGGCUUGUAGUAAAUUUAGACAAAUACUCGAAAAGGCUUCAAGAUGAUAAAAGCGAACUUGAGCAAACUUUAAUAGAUAUCAACACCAAAUUGAUGACAUUACUUUUACAACAGUUUGAAUCAGCUUUGGAUUGUAAACCUUUAAACAAUAUCGAAAAAUAUACUGAACACUUGUCACAAGAACAUUUAGACACUCUAUUAGCUACAAAACGUGAAGGCGUUGAAAAAAUUAUUGAAAAGGUCAAAGACAUCAGUGAUGGGAAGGCCGAAAGUAACGUUAAGUCUAUUGUCCACAAGACUUUAACGGAGCUAGACGAUAAGCUACGAAAAAAAAUCCAAGAUUUUCAACUUUCCAGCUGUAAACAAGUAGAAGAUAUAACCUAUCCUACAAAUGAAAUUUUAAAAGACAAGGUUAAAUGGGCCUCAGAUAAUAAGAUAAAUGAUAUCAUUGUCAAUUCAAUAUAUAAAAAAUGGCUUGGUUUACCGACGAAAGAAGAUGAAAGCCAGCUAAAUGUAUCGAAGUUGGCGCAGGAAGCGUUUACACAUCAUUUGGGGGAUCAAUUGUUAAACUUGUUAAUGCACGGUUCACUCACCUCCCGUCAAAAUCUUUCAACGACAAGUAAAAACCGCCUUCAUCUCCAGGCCAAAGAAAUCGCAAGAAUUAGGAAGAAACAUUUACAACGUAAGAAGAUUGAAGGGUCGUUAGCGAAAAUUGCGAAAAUAGAACAAGAGACACAAGAGUUUCUAUCUCUAUUUGAUACAGCUUUUGAACGAGUAAAGAUUCAGCAGGUCUUGAAACGCUUAGCAUUCAUUAAUGAUAUCGCAGAAAACCAUGAAGCAGUACUCAAGUUCAUGAAUGCCCCACUCGGUACUUACAAUGCAAAUCAUACUUGCAAACCCGACUCGUUGCUUAGUCAAAUACCACAAAAAAUCAAUUUGUAUAAGAAUGGAGCUUUAAGUAGUUCUUUAGCUGCUUCCAUUGUACAGUAUACCACUAAUAUGAACCUUUUUGCAGAUGUAGAAAACCGUAUAAAAGAUCUGGAAAAGAAGAUUUGACUAACGAGACAAAUCUAAUGUAAUAUAUUCAAAUCAUUCACUCUAAGUGUCCGUUGCUGAAAGUUAACACUGUAUAUAGAAGCCAUCUAACGCAUAUAACAAAAAUAAAUGCUUCCUCACCGGUGUAUCCAAAUACAUCAGUAUAUGAAAUAAAAUAGUCGCCUAUUUUGAAUAAUUAAAA